CGUGGGUUCCAGGUACAGUUACGUCACCACUCAUCGCGAUAUAAGAGGCACACUUCUAGUAUAAACUUUCAAAGAAGCAUUAUCUUGACUUCACCGUGACGGGAAGACUUAAUUAUCCUAAGAUUAAUCCUUCUCAAAUCGAAUUAUACUACCCAUCUAUCCAUCAGACCUUUCUAGAACUACGUAUUAACACUUAUACAUCAUCAUCGCGGCCCACCUCUCACUAUGGCCGACACGCACCAAUUCGAUGCAAGCAAGCUCUUUGGGGUCCAAGACUAUGUUGUAGUAAUCACGGGCGGCGGGUCCGGGAUAGGGCUAAUGGCCGCCCAGGCACUCGCUGCGAACGGCGCCAAAGUCUACAUCACCGGCCGGCGGAAGGAAGUUCUUGAGAAGGCGGCAAAAAGUCACCAGCCGGCCAAGAGCAGCGGGCAGAUCAUCCCGAUCGGGCCGUGCGAUGUGACCAGCAAGGACGACCUAGAGAAGCUGGUUGCGGAUCUGAGCAAGCGCGAGAAGUACAUCAACCUCCUGGUGUGCAACGCUGGCAUCUCGGGUCCGAAGGCUGAACCAAAGGAUGCCGACGCGGAAGACCUCAAGGCUAGGCUUUGGAAUAAUGAGGAUCCUAGCGAUUGGCACGAUAACUUCAACACGAAUGUCACCGCGGUGUACUUUACGACUGUAGCCUUCCUUCCGCUGCUACAGCAAGGCAUCCGUCCGAAAGGUCCCCUUGAGCCUUACGCCCCAUCUGUAAUUACUAUUUCUUCUAUGUCGGGUAUCAUGCGACAUGCCCAAGGCCACUUCAGCUAUAACACGGCCAAGGGGGCCACGGUGCACCUGACAAAGCUUAUGAGCGCAGAGUUCCAAAAGGCCGAAAUUAGAGUCAACUCCAUUGCGCCGGGAUAUUUCCCUAGCGAAAUGACCGCUAAGAGCAGUGAUGAUAAACAAAAGAGCUAUGUGUCGCCAGAGGAGAUUCAAGAUAAAGGCCACGUCCCGCUCAUGAGAGCCGGACGUGAGGAAGAAAUGGGAAUGACGAUACUAUACCUCGCGAAGAACCAAUAUGUGAACGGAGAGAUCAUCGCGGUAGACGGCGGAGUCCUAAAUGUUGUGGCAGGGCGGUAAAGAGCCUACUCGUCUGUUAAUACUACCUCGCAAUGUCCCUGAUGUGUUAAAUCCAAAACCAUGGAAAGGCGCACCGGUAUUAGAUCGUUAAGCGGUUAGAUAAAAGUAAAAGCUCAAUAAAUGAGUAUCGUAACUGUUAACAUAUCACCUAUCAAGAGGUAGCACGAUAGCUUGUUUCUUAUUUCGACUAAUUAUAGGAGUUGUUCUUAAAUUACUAUUAUGAUUUCACACGAAUGGUGAUUGGAUGGUUUCUCUAGUCAAUGGAGGAGUUAUCUCUUGAUAUAACUAUAAGGAAUGUAUAAUGUAGAAUAACAAUGUAAGAUUGUAAAAUCCAG